AGGUCACCCCAGCAUGCUGAAUGUUUGAAGCGGCAGGAAGGUUUGAAAGGCAGCGGCUUGUGAAAAUUGGCGGCGCCUAGGGCCCUUUUCCUGCACCACUGGCCAACAAAACUGUCCAGACCCUCGGAGGGAGGUCCGAACAAGAUCACAGCGCUUUCAAAACGUCGUGGUCCAUCAAAGUCUUUGAAAGAAUCGAGCGGGAGCUACGACCGUUUCGCGAGUACAAGAGGAGGAGGCGCUGAUUUUUGUUUUGUACCGAAUUUGGCGAUUUUUCACCCUCGGAUGUUUGUUGUGGUGGAAAGACCCAGCGAGCCAUGAGUGUUCUGGAAAUUCGCUGAGUGGAUCAAGAGGAUAUAUCAUUCGAACAGGAAGAUUUUGCCAUGUUCCCCUUCCGUACUUUCCCCGUGAUUUGAGGCGGAGCAGGGAGUGUUGUUGUGCCGACCGGGAACCCAUGUGAUAGCGGGCCAGUGUGACCACUGCCUACGGACGUUACAAAAAAACGGAUGUUUCCACUGUAAAACAACCUCGGGAAAGAUUUUCUAAAGGGCUGUAAAGAUGGAACCCAUGAGGAAACAGAUAAACCACAGUCUGGAUGAUCAGAAAAAGAUCUACACAGAUUGGGCGAACCACUACCUGGAGAGGGCGGGGCAUAAGCGGCUGGUCCGUGACCUUCAGAAAGACAUAACUGACGGUGUUCUAUUGGCCACCAUCAUAGAGGUCGUGGCCAAUGAGAAGAUCCAAGACAUCAACCCCAAGCCCAAGAGCCAGUCCCAGAUGAUCGAGAACAUCGAAGCGUGCUUGAGCUUCCUCGCAGCCAAGGGAGUCAACAUCCAGGGUCUUUCUCCUCAGGAGAUCCGUGAUGGGAACUUGAAGGCGAUCCUCGGGUUGUUCUUCAGCUUGUCCAGGUACAAGCAGCAGCUGCAGCAGCAGCAGAGGUCGCAGGGGGCAGCAAGGUCGCAGGCGCAGACAGCUGACCAGCCGCAGUCCAAGCUUCCUGCGCCCAAAGCCUCCAGCAGAAGUGCCAGUAACCUGAAUCGUCGCAGCCUUUCUGCCGCCGACAAAAAUUGCAUCCAGCGGAAUUCUCAGGGGUCAACGGUUUCUACGACCAGCAGCGAAGGUCCUCCUGUUGCCAACGGAGGAUCGAAUAUCCCGCAGUUAUCGUCCAAGUCCAGCCGUGUGCCCUCUGCUAAAUCAGACAAAUCCGACUCUUCCAAGUCGGGUGCAAAAACAGCCGGUAAAUCUACAACGACAAAGUCUGUCACCAAGUCUGCUUCCAAGUCGUCUGUGGCAAAAUCCCCCGGUAGUGAUAAAAGCGCAGAUAGCACGCUUUCUAGAACUGGCAAGAAUUCUAUGCUCGAUAAGUUCAGGUUCUUUGGAGGAUCAAACUCGAAAAGUGCCUCGAAGAGCGGCGGACCAACAGGGACUACCUCAAAAUCCAGCAGCAGUUCUAGCGUAAGUACGACCAGUGGUGCUACCGCUUCCGAGCCGACGCAAGCCAACGCCAAAUCAGGAAUCAAAGACGCGGCAAAGAGAAGGUUUGGCAAGGCUCUGAGCAAGUCUAAUACAAAAGAGACGACCAGCAACAGCAAAACAGCCAGCACUACUGCUGUGAAGAAGACUGCGAAAACUAGAACAGACACAAAAGCGACUGCAGUUAAGGGUAAAGACACAAAAUCUACAAAAGCUUCACCUGACAAAGGAGCAGAAUCAAAGGGUAAAGCUUCUGCGGCCAAACAUACAACUGAUGAAAAUGGUACGAUAGAAACAAACACAGGAGUAAAACUUAAAAAGUCGUCCUCGAGGAUUGCCAGUUUCAUUCCUAAGGGCACUUUGAGAAACACUGCAAGCAUCCAUCAGUUGGCACCCAAGGCAGACUCAAGUUCGCAUGAACAGUCGUCUUCUAGUAGCAAUAUACCAGUGGCGGGAUCGAAAAUGCCUGGAAAAGCCAUAUCGUUCGGGCUUGGUAGAAAAUCAGCCAACACUGAAAAGGACAAGGGUGUUGUGUACGAAAACUGGUCUGCACAGGGGAGAACUCAGCUGGACUCAGCAAAGACGGGGGCCAAGCUUUUUGAGGCUGGUAGGCAGGCGUCCAAUGAGAAUCUUCUCUCUGAGAGUAAGCGGGCAGCCUCUGGUAGCAUUAACUUCUCGCCUGCCCACGCGCAUGUAAACACUGCAACAGUCGCUCCUUUCAGUCAUAUAGCAACGUCGCUUCCUAACAGCGACAGUAACGUCAGUUCUAAUUCCAACUCUCACAGCGACCAAUCCAAGUCUACCUCCAGUAGCAAAGACAGUGUUGUGUACAGGCCGUCCGCGGACGAGGUCUCGGAAAGCGAAGCUGAAGUCAGUGCAAAAAGGGCUGCAAAAGACAUUGCAAAUCUGAGACAAAAUCUGGAGGACACGAUCUUGAGCUUGCGGAGUUCCCAGAUUAACAGAAGUACCCUUGAAACGACCUUUGGAAGUGACGACGUCUUCACGCAAUCUCACCCGAGGACGAGCAUGGAAACGGUUUUCAGCGAAUCUGGAGCGCGAACCCUGAACAGGACUCCUGGUCACUACUCCAGUCUGCGUUCCGUAAGCCUGGCUUCCAACGUCAUGCCUGUACAGGGGGUCAGAGUUCAAGCUGGGGAGGGCUUCGCCUCGCCACUUAUGCAACCUCGACUCUUGAACUACCCCUACCAGACCGGUUCCCUCAGGAGGACUAUUUCCAGCCGAAGCACCAUGGUGCAGGGAGACAUCCCGGAGAGCAGUGAAGAGGCUAACCUUGACCUUGACCUCACUGGAGGUUACGUCAGUGAUGGCGACGUUCUCAGCAAAAAUCUUCGAUCUGACGACAUCGCAAGCGGGUACAUGAGUGAAGGUGGAGCGUCCCUGUACAGCAGGAGGAUGCAGGCUAAGUUUGCAGACGGGAUGGCGGCCGUGAGGGAGUGCAUGAAGCGCAGCCAGGUCCAACUUCUCGACACUGACAGCAUGGAUGACAGUAGUUCCAUCAGCAGUGGCAUCAGCGACACGAUCGGCGAGAUCAGCACGGAUGACAUCAGCUCCAUGGCCGAGACCCCCAUCAGCGCCAAGAAGGUUGGUAACGGUCCCACCUACGACUUUCCCGCCGGGCAAGCUCCUAAGGACACUGUCGACGGGAAGAAAAAGAAGCAAAAGGAGCCUGAUUCAGAAAAGUCCAUCGCUAAAGGCGGGAGUAACAGUAACAUCUGGAGGAAGUAUUCUCCAUCGGAAAGAGAGUCGCAGAAAAGCCUGAGCUCGAAACCUGCUGGAACGACUGGCGCUGUGAAGGAGGGCAGCAAAUGGCAGAGGGGGAAAUCCGACAUGACGGACUCGACACGGAAGAGCGAAAACUCAGCCGCCAUCAAGAACUCGGCCAGCGUGAGCGGUAGCCUGGCUGGGAGGUCUCCGUGGAGGAAGGAUGCACGCAGCGACACACAGAGCCCAACCCCUAGUGUUAAAAGCAAUGCGAGCAGCAGUGCUAGCUCACCUAAGUCUCAGCGCGGCAGACUUACCCGUCAGGACGACCGAGGAAAGAACUCUCCGAAGACUCAAAGAUCGGUGAAGAAGUCUUCUGACCCAACCCCCAGUCAGAUCGCAGCGCAGAAAGCGCAGGAGAGUAAAGCAGCAGCUGCCAAAGCUGCCGGGACGUCGAGCUUCGGGUUCCGUCGGCAAGCAGCGGGAUCUACCAACAGUAUGAGAAGCACUCCAGGGAAAACAACAGGCAGGGCAACCAUGGUCCCAAAGCAAGGCAGCGAAGCAGGCACCCCUCAGGACGAUGCAGCAAAGCCUUCUAUGCACCUGCGGGCGGGGAUACCGCGUCCCGGCCGCUCUGCUGGACCAGCUGGGUCCACGCGCAGCAUGAACCGCCUGAGUGGCAGCAGUACAGCCAGUACCGACUCCAGGGUGAAUUCGAUUGCUCAGCCUGGUGGGAGCACAGCACAGAAAACCGACCAUCCAAGCAGCGCGUCGGAGAAAACAGACACCGCACCACCGGUGGAGCCAAGAGCAGCCAUGUCUGAUUCAGAAGUCAAGGACAAAGCAAAGUCGAAGCACCCCGACAUCUCGUCGCCAACCCUGAAGAGAAUAUUCGGGAUUCGGGGAUCCACCUCCAAGCAGCAGCCGGUAACAACAGCACAGAACAUGAAGAAUACUACAAUCAUUUCCAACCCACAUGCUACCUUCGAAAGCCAGGCCAAGGCCAAGAGGGACUCUCCCGUACAGCAGGAGAAGCAACAGAAGGAGCCGAACGCCCCUUCGUCAAGUGCCAACGACACCGAGGGGAUGUGCACGGCAACGUACAUCCCCGGUGUGCCGGGAUUCCGCAACGACCAUUACCGUUCCUCGUCCAGCGUCACCUCUCAACAUUCCAGUGCGUCCAGCCCGUGGGCCCAAUAUGGCGGCGGUAAGGUUGGUUCCAUGGGAAGCAUGUCUCACGGCGGCAGCCACGAGUCGAUCGAUUCUACAACAAGCGCGAGCUCGCAUUCACGCGGGAUUCAUCGCUUCUCACGGGACGGACUGAACGUCAGCCAAGGAGGAAUCCCACUAGGAAGGUCCAACAGCCUCCGCUCUACCGUCUCAGAACAGUGUUACGUCACGAACCCCCACCAGAGGUUCUUGAACGAGGAGACCUCUGCGUGGCUUCGGUCAAACUCUUAUAGCAACGUUGUGCCUGAAACAAGCGAGCCGUAUGUGGCGGAAACACCGACUUCCCCCAUGUCGACAGCUAGCGCGGGAUCUUCACGAUUUACCUAUCCCCUAACAGCGGUGGAUCCUGCUACGAUGACAAGUUCACCGUCUUCUAUGAGCAUGAGCAGGCUGAGUACCGUCUCCAGUCCGGGAUACGCCGGCCCCUACCCUGGGGUCGGCCCACCAGGAAGGCUCAGAGACGGGCAAAGCUGCAUUUCAUUGGACGAAAGGAGGCGGAGGAAGAACAGUGACGCAGAUGAAAUGCAUGGAUCCAACCUGUCCUUGGUUUCAAGUUCAUCGUCCAUCUACUCCACGCCGGAGGACAAGAAAGAGCAGGAGAUUCAGACUGUAAGAGGCCCCUACAUGAUCCGGAAGCUGAGACGAGAACUGGACCAGUCUCAGGAGAAGGUUGCCACUCUGUCCACCCAGCUCACCACUAAUGCUCACGUCGUGGCGGCCUUCGAGCAGAGUCUGUCCAACAUGACAGAGCGACUGAAGGGACUGACUGUAACAGCUGAACAAAAGGAUGCAGAGUUGAUGGAGCUUAGAAGAACUAUUGAACAGCUGAAACAGCAGAGUCAACAGCAGCUGUCCAACACCUCACCUGGUCACCCCUGGCGAACAUUUGGGGAUGGGUUGCACGGGCCAAAUCUUCGGAUGACCAGACUGCCAUCAACUGACAGUGUUUCUAGUAUGAACAGCGUCACGAGUGUGUCAAGUGCUGGGAGCGGCGCCGAAUCCGAACCAGGUGGAAGAAAGAAGAAAAAGAAGAGCUGGGAGGAUCUAGGAAGACUCAGUGGGUUACGAAGCUCCUUCAAAGCCUUCUCGCGGAAGAAGAAUCGCAUGCAGUCCCAGUCUGAUGUGGAGGAUUCGCUCACGACGCCAGAAUCCAUUCCCGGAUCUCCCCGCGCUUCGCUAUCGUCCCUCAACUCAUCGAUGGGGAUGAAUCCCAUGAAGGGAUCUUCAUCCACUUCUGCCCUCCCCGGCAGCCUAGGCAAGGCCAUCUCCUCAACCUCCAUACACAUCAACCCCAUGGUCAAAGUCUUUUCCUCGCCGGCGAUCUACGAUGGUGAUGAGGAGUCUGUAGAUGUUCUGAAGAGCCAGCUGCGGGAGAAGGACAUGAAACUGACUGACAUCCGCCUGGAGGCCCUGUCCUCUGCACACCAACUGGACCAACUAAAGGAGACCAUGAACAAAAUGAAGGGUGAAAUGAACGCGUUACGUGCGGAGAACGACAGACUCCAGCAGCAGGUUUUGACCAGAAGUUCGUGUUCUGACAUGUCCACUUCCUCCCAACACUUCAGUGAUCCAACACUGAAUCUCGAUCCAACUUCCAGUAGCUUGGAUCUUUUGCUAGAUGUUGGAUCAGGAGAAUCUGGUCGGAAAGUCAUUGUCACAGUCGCUCUUCCCACCAUCGGAGCCCCUGAAAAAUCAGAGUAUUACGGUAUCCAGAGACACAGGCAAACACUCAGACAUAAUAAGGGAGGAAAGGCUCAGCAGAUCAUCAUCGGUGCCCUGAGUGUGAGUGGGAAGACCAAGUGGGACAUGCUGGACAAUGUCGUGCACAGACUCUUCAAGGAAUAUCUGUUGAGAAUAGAUCCAGUGUCUAAUCUCGGCCUGACUUCUGAGAGCAUCCGUAACUACACAAUAGGGGAGAUCAUCAGGUCUAAAGAGAGUGAACUGCCAGAGCUCCUGCCAUGUGGUUAUCUGGUGGGAGACAACAACUCCAUUGCCAUCCAUCUCAAAGACAUCAAGGAGAACAGCAGCGACACGUUUGCGUUUGAGUCUCUUAUCCCGAAGGCCGUCCUGCAGAGAUACAUCAACCUGCUUGCGGAGCAGAAGCGAGUCAUCAUGUGUGGCCCCAGCGGGACGGGCAAGACCUUCCUGGCCCAGAAACUCGCAGAGUUCAUGGUUCAGAGGUCAGGGGAAGAGGUCACUGACAGCACGGUGGUGGUGUUCAACGUGGACCACAAGUCCUGCAAGGAGUUGCGACAGUACCUGUGUAACAUGGCGGACCAGUGUGAGAGUGGGAAAAUGCAGGCACCCCUGGCCAUUGUGUUGGACAACCUUCACAAUGUCGGGUCCUUGGGAGAGGUCUUCAAUGGCUUCUUGGGAUGCAGAAGUGUGAAGAGUCCCUACAUCAUUGGCACAAUGAACCAGGCCAACUGUUCCUCCACAAACCUACAGCUGCAUCACAACUUCAGAUGGAUCCUUUGUGCGAACCACAUGGAGCCAGUCAAGGGUUUCCUGGGCCGCUACUUGCGCCGAAAGCUUGUCGAGAGCGAGAUAAAGAGCAGCGCGAGAAACCCAGAACUCACCAAGGUGGUGGAGUGGAUGCCGAAGGCCUGGCAACAUCUCAACAAGUUCCUGGAGACACACAGCUCUUCAGAUGUUACUAUUGGUCCACGCCUGUUCCUGUCCUGUCCCACAGACGUGUCUGGUUCCCAGGUGUGGUUCACUGACCUGUGGAACUACUCCAUCGUACCCUACCUACUGGAGGCAGUCAGGGAGGGGCUACAGACCUAUGGCAGGAAGGCCAGUACCUGGGACGACCCUGCCCUGUGGGUGAUCGAGAACUACCCCUGGACCACGCCCACCAGCGACCUCUCCUCUCUCAUCAGACUCCGCGCCGAGGAUGUCGGGUUCGACGGUUACGCUCUCGGACCGCAGGCGGGAACGAAGAAGGAGAUCACGGGGAGUCAGAGUGACGUGGAGGGAGACCCUUUGAUGAAUAUGUUAAUGAGGCUACAGGAGGCUGCGAACUACAGUCCGCAGAGCUGCGACAGUGACUCCAACUCUGUUAGCUCUGGGGUCAACGGUCAUGACGAUCUACUGGACUCCUCCAUCGAGUCAACGUUAUAAUUUCUCGCAGAUACAUGUACAUGUUUCCCUUACUAUAAAGUGUUGCAUAGUGUCUCCUUUUAAUGAGAAGAAUCAAGCCAACCCAAUGCAAGCAAUCUUAUUCGGCAAAUCAUGGUGUUAAGUAGCGUACAUGUUGUAUUUGUAAGGUCUUACUACGAUUUGAAGGUACAAUUUUGCCAAAUGUUAGUUGCCAGACAAAACGAGGUGCUAUGUUUUAUACUCGCAUUGUAAAGAGUUAGAAUGACACCUUGAGUAUUUAGCAAAUUCGUACGAUUACGUAUUUUAUGUCAAUAUGCAGUAACAAGUUUUGAUAUUGACAUGUUUGAGUGAACUUGUAGUUUAUGUCUUUUGGGCAACUAGUAUACGAAGAAUAGCCAAAAUGACCGGAUCAUGAGAGUUGGUUUUCUUUUAAUGCAAAAUUGCACCAUGUAGCAUUAUCAAUAGCAGCAAAGUAACAGCUACUUUUGAAAAUAUGCAACAGUUUCUGUUUUUAUUUUGCAAGUAACUCCUAUAUGACAACUUUUGAUCAAACAGAGCAAAAUGCACAUUUACUUUAUAUGUCAUUACACCACUGAUGCUCUACUAUGUAAUGUGUAAUUUCUUUAUGUAUAGCUUUGAUGAUGAUAGCAUUUUAGUAUACAAAAUGCUUUAACACAACCUCCCUCUACAAUCAGCAAUUCACUUUGCCCAAAAGAGUUGCACUUGUAUUAUUUAUUAUGGCAGUGAUUUUUAAAAAAUAUUUUGCUUUUAAAUUCUUUGUGCCAUUUGUGUCCUAGCAUUUUCUGAUGUUUUUAGGAAAUUAACGCGAUAUUAGAUUCCAAUAAAAUACCCUUGUCCUGUUGUUGUAAGAAAUAUAUAUAGUCUCAAACAUGUAUACUGCAUUUUUUGGUGCUAUUGUAUCCUACAUUUAACCUCCAUAAGAUUGAAGCUGUGUAUGCAUUACCUUUUUGUGACUUUGAUUUGAUUUUAUUUCAUAGUAGUACAAUUAUUUGAAUAGUGUGUCUUCCACCCCUUACAAUAGUUUUCAAGCAUUUAAAAAAAUCGAGAAGUUACGUUAUAUUGAUGUAGCAAUGCUCCCUUAAUAUUACUGAAGUAUGUAUGUAAAUGCACAUGGCAAACAUUUGUCCUGUAAUAUCAUAAUGUACCAUUAAGUCGUAUAUGUAAUGUAAAGUUGCAGUGUCCAGUGUGCUUUUAUACAUGUAAAAUUAUGUAUAUAGGCUUUUGUAAAUCACAGUGUAUAGUUAUGCUUUUGGUAAGUGUAAUGUUAGUGUUUUAGUAACUAUCAAUGCCAUAUAUACCAUUUUAAAAUCAUGUACCCAACCCUGUAUAAUGCCCACUGCCUUGAUAGCAGCACUAUCAUAAGAGUACAGGCAGUUGAGACAUGUAUUUACAAAAUUAGAGGCAGUUGAUGGUCGAAUUAGAGAUCCAAUCGAAGAAUGGACUUUUUUUAAAACUUCGUAUUGUAGAUAAAGUGCCUUUAAUUGGACAACUUUUUGUAAAGGAUGAAACCUGUUGCAACGAUUUUCACAAGUUUCGUGUAAGAUUACGAUGAUGUCUUGUAUCCUACUUGUUGAUAGUUCACAUAUGUACAUGUUACUCAGCUACAGUUACUGUAUUUGACUGUGGAAGUUUUCAGGUAUAAACAAUCAGUAUUUCCAGUA